CUUCUACCUCGUCUAGUAACGUGCUGUACAAGACAACCUGCACGACCAUGUUUUCUGGAAACUAUCAGGUUCAGGGAACCAUAUUCCCAAACCCAAACAGUGAUCCCAUGAUGGAUGCACAAAUGAUUGGCGGGGCACUUCAAGGAUUUGGUUGUGACAAGGACGUCUUGAUAAAUAUUCUUACCCAGCGCUGCAAUGCACAAAGAAUUAUGAUUGCUGAAGCCUAUGGGAGUUUGUAUGGCAGGAAUCUGAUUGAAGACUUGAGGGAAAAUCUUGAUGGCCACCUCAAGGAAGUCAUGGUGGGCUUGAUGUACUCUUUUCCAGCUUACGAUGCCCAUGAACUCUAUCAUGCAAUGAAGGGAGCCGGUACAGAUGAAAACUGCCUAAUUGAUAUUUUAGCAUCGAGAACUAGUUCAGACAUAUUUCAGAUGAAGGAAAUCUAUUUAAUGCAAUAUGGCAGCAAUCUGGAUGAAAGCAUCUAUUCGGAAACCUCAGGGCAUUUUAGAGAUACUUUAAUAAAUUUGGUCCAGGGAGUAAGAGAGGAAGGAUAUCCAGAUCCUGGAAUAGCAGCUCAGGAUGCAAUGGUUCUCUGGGACGCAUGUCAAAGAAGAACAGGGGAACACAAAAACAUGAUGCAGAUGAUUUUAUGUAACAAAAGCCACCAGCAAUUAUGGAUGGUUUUUCAAGAAUUUCAAAAUAUCUCUGGACAAGAUAUAGCAGUAGCCAUAGAAGAAUGCUAUGAUGGAUACUUUCAGCAGCUGCUCUUGGCCAUAGUAUCCUGUGUUCGGGACAAACCGUCAUAUUUUGCAUACAGACUUCACGCUGCAAUUUAUGAUUUUGGUUUUCACAAUAAAACAGUUAUAAGGACUCUAAUAGCCAGAAGUGAAAUAGACCUAAUGAACAUCAGACAGAGAUACAAGGAGAGAUAUGGAAAUUCCCUCUACCAUGACAUUAAGAAUUUUGCGUCGGGACAUUAUGAACAAGCUUUGCUUGCCAUCUGUGCUGGGGAUGGACAAGACUACUGAGACAAAAAACUGGACGCCAUUUCAUUUAGAAGUUACUGGAUAAAUUGAAUAACAUUGCUUUGCUGAAAUGAUCAGAUUGCCAAUGGAUUAGUUUAAUCAGAAAAUUAUAAUCACCACAAUUGUUAAUUUUAAUAAGGAGGAAUUUCUGGGGAAAAAAUAACAAUUAUAAUUUACACAAUGGAUUUGCCUGUUUCAA